AUAGCCUAUUUAUGACCGUUGCUGCUGACACAUUUGCCCUAAACAUAAGUUAUGAAGGGCUUUUGAUGACGGUGUUAUUGAUAAUAGUGAAAAAGUAGCUUCUUUUAAGAAACAUACCCAAUUCAAGACUAGAGUGCAGGAGUGCUAAAACUACACCCUAUUUAUAACCAAAAUGGCCAAAAUCGAUACCCUAUUUAUGACCAAAACAGCUGAGAAACCCUACCCUUAGGGGCCGCACAUACCAAUAUAGCCCAUAUAGGGGAGUACCCCCCGGGGAAACUUUCUAAAUGCAUCUGUCUUCCGCAAAAGACGGUCACGACCUGGAAUCCGCUAGUAACUGAGUUUAUUUAGGCCUCGUGAAAGACUACGUAGUGCUAAUGACAAAUUAUCACAUAGGUUGUGAUGUGGCAGGUCUGGCAGCGAAAGAGAAACUAAAAUAAUACUAGUAACUGCUUUUUUUUUUCCGCCGAUGCUUCCUCCUCAAGGAAAUGCCCGUGGAGUGUUAACGCGUAAAAACAAGCAAAGAGACGAGGCCUUUACCGUAGCACACGAACUUUUGGGUGCACAUCAGCGAGCUCAGACUCCAUGGCGUUUAAUUAGAUGAUGAAGUGGGAGUAAAUACUUCAUGUCGCUAAGACGAGAAAACACGGCUCCAUCGCGAGUGUUUCAUGGAGCGUCUUCGAUGCGCCCGCCACGAACUUUCACGCCACCACAACAGCGAGCUCAAGGCCAACUUCCACGAAGAGGAAGUCUCGGUCUUGUCCAGUACUCCGCCGAUAAAAAGCCAAAUUAUAGUCGGAGCAACAGCUUCAGCUGCGCUAAUGACGACCUUAGUCCAGCCAAGUUAGACUUUCAGUCUCUGAAGAAACGACCAAGUUUAUUGGGUGGCAAGCUGAAGUCUGGGAGUAGAGACACUGAGGGGGGAGGCCGCAACGAGAAACACUCUAUAGUGAUGUUGGGAGCGGGAGGAGUAGGCAAGACAGCUUUAGUGGUUCGCUUCGUGACUGGUCGAUUUCUUAAUGAAUAUGAUCCUACACUGGAGAUGGUGUAUGAGAAAGCCGUGCCCAUUGGAGACAGCACCGUUUCGCUGGAUAUUCUGGACACUGCUGGCAAUGCCGAAGCUUCUUAUAUAAGGAAUGGCGAGGGAUUUAUUGUGGUGUACUCGAUUAACGAUCAUUACAGCUUUGAGGUGGCGAGGCAAAUGAUCAAACUCAUCAAGGAGGUCAGAAAGCCGGAAGGAGAAUGCCAGGUGCCCGUUAUACUGGUGGGAAAUAAAAAAGAUCUCCGGCGAGGAAGAAGUGUCAGCAAAGAGGAAGCCAGAGAGACGGCUAGCGAGUUUGCCUGCUCGUAUUAUGAGACUUCUGCUCUGACCAACAGAAAUGUUCAAAUCGUGUUUUUCAAUAUGGUCUUCCAGGUCAGAUUCACGAAAAAGACCCGGCAAAAAAGCCAGGGGUCUUCGGGUAACAAUGGAUUCCUGAGCUCCGUGCGUCAGUUGUUUAAUCACAGUAGGAGAGGAAGCCUACCCGGAUGGUGAUGGAAACCCUGAAGUUUCCUGAGAAAUCGUUCUGGUACAGACGAGGCCAUUAAGCUUUGGUCAAAUUUUAAGAAGAACAAUAGUAAUACUAGAAGUAGCCUGCGCACUAGGCGUUUCGACUGUCGCCUCGAUUUUCGCGCGGCCAGAAGUCUGGUGAGAAAUCGCUCGGCUCUAUUACAUGGGUGCUGUACUAGGAGGGAGCUUUUGACAUGCUUCGUACAGAGGCAAAGAAAACAGGACCUAUUUUCUGACUUUAAAUAGAUUGAUUAAGUUUUAACACGGCUUUGACGCUCGAAACCAUACAACAAGCGCGCUCGCUGAGGAAGAAAUAUAAGCUAGUAUAGGGCCUGGCACAGGGUACGCUAACUUCACCCGUAAUUUCUUCUCUGAAAUGGUCGGUGACCCCCUCUUUUCAAUUCAUAGAUCACUUCCUUUCGGGAUUUUCUCUAUUUUAACAAAAAAAACAAAAAAAGAAAAAGAAAAAAAUCUGUACGUGAGAAGUUUAAAAUAUUUCGCCUUUUCUGCUCUAGAGGGACUGAAGUUUUCUUCAAAUGUGGAUGGGCAUGACUAAUAUGUAUUCUUGCUAAGGUUAUUCUAUCUCAAAGAACGGCAUCAGCUGAAAAGUUUACUUAACAGACAGUUGUGAUGUAUUGAAUACGUUUACCUCAUCUAAAUUUUACUAAUGUAGGUUCUUUUAUCGUUGCUUGUUGUAAGUUAAGAUCGACUUGAAAUAUCGAAAUAUCGCAUGGUCUUCAAUGCGCCUUACCUCGAAAAUGAGCACGGUGACCCGCCACUUUUUUCGUCUUUCUAGCAAAAGUUGAUCUUUACCUUACUGCCAUGGCAAGUUUGACAAAAAGAAGUGUUCGUGGGAACAUUUUGGGCAAAAAAACAAACAAAC